GCGCAAACAAUUUUUGAACGACCGCAGUUCUCCCCGACAAGCGGAAACUCGACGAAGCAAAAAGGACUCCGGUCACGACAACACGCAGCCCUUGCUCCCUUUGGUCAGAUUUCUAGUCGCAUAAACGCCCGCUCUCGAAGAAACAAGUCGUCGGAUAAAUAAAUACACGAUUCCAAGAUGAUUGACGAUUUGCCCAACGAUGCCAAGUCCAAAGAGGUCGUGAGACUCUGGCGCGCGUGGAGGACUGUUCACGAGAUGGUUGCGGAUCGGGAGUAUGAGCUUGCCGAGGACGAAGUUAGCAUCUCUCUGGAGCGAUUCCGCGACGAGUACUGCCACCCCGACGGCAGCGUAAACCGCGCCAAACUCCAAUUCUCCGCCCGCCCAAGCGACUCCAUGCUCCGCAAGAACACCCCUCCCGCCACAGCCUCCAACCCAGACCCCGUGCCCGACUGCGGCCCCAUCUGGGUCGAGUUCCUGACCGACAAGCAGUUCGGUGUCUCGCAGAUCCGCAACUUUGCAAAGUACACAAUCACCAACAACUACAAGACGGGAAUCAUGGUGACCCCUGUGGCCCUCUCGCCCGCCGCCCGCAAGUCCCUCGCCUCCGUGGAGAAUCUCGCCAAGAUUGAGUGCUUCCUCGAGGACGACCUGCUGGUCAACAUUACGCACCACGAGCUGGUGCCGCGGCACGUGCUGCUCUCCAGGGAGGAGAAGAUUGCGCUGCUGAAGAGAUACCGCCUGAAGGAGACGCAGCUGCCGCGUAUUCUGCAGAAGGAUCCCGUGGCGAGGUAUCUAGGACUCAAGAGGGGACAGGUCGUCAAGAUUAUCCGUGUUAGUGAGACGGCCGGUCGAUAUGCCAGUUACCGGCUGUGUGUCUAAGGACUUUCCCAUUGGGGAGUGUGUAACGGUCAAGAUGAAAGAGGGGAAGAGAGUUGGCAAUGCACAAAUUUGGACCGAAGUGGGCUUCUCAAUUUUGCGUGCAUCAGAAGAGGAACAAGGAAAGGACAAGAUGGGACAAGAAAAAGCUCAAGUUGGACCAAGUCGACUCGAGGAGCAGCAGAAGUGAGCAGCGGACGGAAUGCUGUUUUUGACAUAAUGUUUUGCAUUUGCAGAGUGAAAGCUGGCGUUUUUGGGGGGAACACUUAAUUAUUAGAAUCACGAGAAAAAACCAACCAAAUUAAAUAAAAAUACCAACGUCUAUACAUCUUCACAAAUAUGACUUGC